AUGACAUUUGCCGACAAGAAGGACCGCCGCGCCACCUUCCUGUUAAAAGGGCAUCAGCUCAAAACAUUGGGCAAGAUUGUGCGUGGGGUCCUCACAAAGGGCCUCAAGCCCCCUGCACUGCAGCCCACAGAGAUUGGACCCAAGGGCUUUGUGCCAAAGCCUCCAUGUGGCCCCAGACCGAGCUACAAGGCAAAAGCAGGUAGGGAGUUGAGGGGAACAGCUGAGGCAACCAAGGUUAGAGGGCAGAGGACUGCUGGAGUCUGCUCAGCGCUACCCCCUCUGUCAGCCAACUCUAGUUACAACGUUCUUCCACCUAUCAAACGCACAGUAACAGUCACAACACUAAAGACUACCGAGCCACCAGGCCGCCAGCUGACACCUGAGGGUGGGGAAAGGGGCUAUUCCUCUUCAUCCCAGGGUAACCCAGUGAGCCUAGAGAAGAAUGAUGUCACCUCUCUCAUGGCUAUGUCACGUCCAUUGUCCGGAGAGGACAUAAUUCCAGUAGCUGAAUCCCUGAUGUUACACCCUCAGCAGAGGUUGGUUAAAAAAGUGCUUAGAAAAAGGGACCACCAGGAGGCAGUAGGGGCCAUCUGUCAGGUCUUGAUUACCAGGGUGCAAGACAUCCUCCAUGAGACCUGCUAUAACCCUAAAAAUGCCAGGGACAUCAUCCAGAAAGGAUUGGAUUCUGGGGCUAGGGCCAAGGUUCCGGAGGUCACCAAUGAGGAGGGCUGUGUAGGGAGUCCCACUCUGGUGGUGGACCAACCAUCAUGUCAGUUGGAGAGGAUCUUCAGCCACUCCCUACUAGCUGGGCCCUCCACCUCAGCCAAGGCAGCAUUGGGAGCCCCUGCAUAUAAGGUGGAGGAGACUGAGACCCGUUUGAACACCCAGGCACUCCAGCGCACUCCCUCCCCAGACCCUGGACUCAGUGAACUGAAACUUUCAGUUGUGGUUCCAGAUGUGGUGUGUGAGAGGGAGCUGCCCACAAAGAACAACCCCUUGCAGGGCUUUGUGCCAAAGCCUCCAUGUGGCCCCAGACCGAGCUGCAAGGCAAAAGCAGGGAGGGAGUUGAGGGGAACAGCUGAGGCAACCAAGGUUAGAGGGCAGAGGACUGCUGGAGUCUGCUCAGCGCUACCCCCUCUGUCAGCCAACUCUAGUUACAACGUUCUUCCACCUAUCAAACGCACAGUAACAGUCACAACACUAAAGACUACCGAGCCACCAGGCCGCCAGCUGACAUCUGAGGGUGGGGAAAGGGGCUAUUCCUCUUCAUCCCAGGGUAGCCCAGUGAGCCUAGAGAAGAAUCAUGUCAACUCUCUCAUGGCUAUGUCACGUCCAUUGUCCGGAGAGGACAUAAUUUCAGUAGCUGAAUACCUGAUGUUACACCCGUGAGUCCUGCUCUUGCUAUGAACCAUUUAUUGUCCAAUAGAAGAAAUCGGAUCCUUGUGUUUUUGUGAGGA